CGGCCCCACACGGCCCGGCCCGGGCUGCUCACCUGCGGCAGGCGGGGGGCGCGGCCUGCCCGGGUCCGCAUUUCGUGUUCGUGAGCGUGCGUCUGAUGGCAGCCGGACCCGGUAACCCCAAGUACAGCGUGUACCUCGCUUUUCUUCCGUAGCUCUCAGCACUGCUUAUAAAAGGCAUGAGGUGUAUUAGCUCCACGUUAUGAACAGAGAAACUGAGGCACUGAGAACCAGCGCAGCCAAAGGAACAGCAGAGCAAGCCCUGAGCCUGGCUGCGGGGCAGGUGACCUUCUUCACAAUUCAUCAGAUGAUCCAAAAUCAACAGUAACUGGGUUGUGGCAGUAGCGCCCGAGUCAGGGCACUAACCUGCAGAUGAAUUCACAUGCUGCAAGCCCCGUUUUUUUGCCGAUUCACAGCUCUGCAGUGUGGGCAAGUUCUGGGAGGUGAUAAGUGAUGAACAUGGGAUUGACAUCGCUGGAAACUACCGUGGGGAUGCAUCACUGCAGCUUGAGCGAAUUAACGUGUACUUCAAUGAGGCUUACUCCCAUAAAUUUGUGCCCCGUUCUAUCCUGGUGGACCUGGAACCUGGUACGAUGGACAGUGUACGGUCUAGCAAAAUAGGCCCACUCUUUCGACCCGACAAUUUUAUUCAUGGUAAUUCAGGUGCUGGAAACAACUGGGCUAAGGGCCAUUACACAGAAGGCGCUGAACUAAUUGAAAAUGUCAUGGAUGUGGUCAGGAAUGAGUGUGAGAGCUGUGACUGCCUUCAGGGAUUCCAGCUUAUCCAUUCGCUUGGGGGUGGUACAGGCUCAGGUAUGGGCACGCUCCUCAUCAACAAAAUCCGAGAAGAAUAUCCUGACAGGAUUAUGAACACUUUCAGUGUUGUGCCUUCACCCAAAGUAUCCGACACAGUCGUAGAGCCGUAUAAUGCCAUCCUCUCCAUCCAUCAACUAAUCGAGAAUACAGAUGAAACCUUUUGCAUUGACAAUGAAGCUCUAUACGAUAUAUGUUUUAGAACUUUAAAGCUCACCAAUCCCACCUAUGGUGACCUCAACCACUUAGUGUCCCUGACGAUGAGCGGUGUCACAACCUCACUCCGUUUUCCUGGUCAGCUGAAUGCCGAUCUGCGGAAGCUGGCUGUGAACAUGGUGCCCUUUCCUCGCCUGCAUUUCUUUAUGCCAGGCUUUGCUCCACUGACAGCUCGAGGCAGCCAACAGUACAGAGCCCUCUCAGUGCCAGAGCUUACUCAACAGAUGUUUGAUGCACGCAACAUGAUGGCAGCCUGUGACCCUCGUCGUGGACGUUACCUGACUGUGGCGUGCAUCUUCAGAGGCCGAAUGUCUACCAGGGAAGUGGAUGAGCAGUUGCUGGCUGUCCAGACCAAGAAUAGUUCCUACUUUGUGGAGUGGAUCCCUAAUAACGUCAAAGUGGCUGUGUGUGACAUACCACCGCGAGGCUUGAAGAUGGCAGCUACCUUUAUUGGCAAUAACACAGCCAUUCAGGAGCUCUUCAUCAGGGUUUCUGAACAGUUCUCAGCUAUGUUCAGAAGAAAAGCAUUUCUCCAUUGGUACACUGGCGAAGGUAUGGAUGAGAUGGAGUUUUCUGAAGCAGAAGGUAACACCAAUGACCUUGUGUCCGAGUACCAGCAGUACCAGGAUGCCACUGCAGAUGUUGAGGAAUAUGAGGAGGUAGAAGUGGAAGCCAGCCCAGAAAAGGAAGCACCAUAAAAACAAUGGUAAUAUCAAAACAUUCUCCGAAUAAGCCCGUUGACACUCUCUAAAGAAAAAGCAGUAGCCAUCAUCUACAUACCAAAAAUAACACCUUCCUUAAGAAUUUUUUCUCUGCAUCUGGCUAAACCAUAUCCAAUAUUAAAAUACAAUGCUUUUGAAAUUAAUGGCAACUAUGCUUUACUCUCUCCUGAACAACCAUUGACAUGGAAUCUCUCCCAAAAAAAGAGCCACUAUGAAGACAACUUGUUUUGUAACAGCUUGUCUUAUAAACGUAUUCACUUUUAGAGUAUUAUCACCAGAUACUGGAUGUAAUAAGCAGCCUGUGUGUCUGUAUAUAUAUCAGGAUCAUAAGCAACAGCAAAAUAUGCUAUCAACUCAAAUGUAUUUAUUCUCGGAUAAGCACAGUCCAUGUUUUAUUUGUGAAAUUGUUACUGUUUCAGGAACACAGGCGUAUCUGUAAGGCCCACAAAGGCAACAUCUAUUUUAUUACACACUCCGCAGGCUGAUGUAGAUCCGCACAUUUUUUUUUUAAGUACUUAAAUAGUUCUAUCACAUUGCUGGCUUAUAUUAUUGCAGAGCUUGUAUUCAUUAUCAUUGUGUGGUUUGUUUCUAUUUCAAACUAUAGAUUGCAUUAUAUUAGCAUACAAAGUUGCAACACUGUGUUAAA